AUGGCGUCACGGUUGGCUAAGAGCGCCAUCGGCGCCGCUCGUAUCCGUCCAUCGGUUCUUCCACGAUCUGUCCCAGCCCUCACCAGCGUCACUCCGGCGCGAUAUGCCUCCAACGUCCCCUCCGAGGACCCCAAGAGCAAGGCCCAGUCCAUCGUCGAUGCUCUGCCCGGCAACUCGCUGAUUUCCAAGACCGCAAUUCUCUCCGGUGCUGCUGGUCUGUCCAUUGCCGCUAUCAGCAACGAACUGUACAUCUUGAACGAGGAGUCUGUCGUUGCUUUCUGUCUGCUCAGAUACAAGGAGUGGGCUGCUACUCAGAUCCAGAAGCAGAAGGAUAUUCUUAACUCUGCUCGUGCGGACCACACCAAUGCCGUUAAGCAGAGAAUUGAGAACGUCAAGCCCUUGAGCGGUGUCGUUGAUGUCACUAAGCAGCUCUUCGAGGUCUCUAAGGAAUCCGCUCGCUUGGAGGCUCAGGCUUUCGAGUUGGAGCAGCGAACUGCUCUUGCCGCUGAGGCCAAGAAGGUUCUCGAGUCCUGGGUUUCCUACGAGAGCCAGGUCAAGCAGCGUGAACAGCGCGAGUUGGCCGAGUCCGUCAUUGCCAAGAUCCAGAAGGAGUUGCAGAACCCCAAGAUGCUGCAGCAAGUUCUGCAGCAAUCCGUUGCUGACGUUGAGAGAAUUGUUUCCUCCAAGGCUCAAUAG